AUGGGAAGCUGCGUCUCUAAGGGCAAAGGAGACGAUGAUUCAAACCAUAACAUUGAGUUUUGCGGUGGUAAUGUUCAUCUGAUAACAACAAAGGAAUCUUGGGAUGACAAAUUAGCAGAAGCUGGUCGUGAUGGCAAAAUAGUGGUUGCAAAUUUCAGUGCGACUUGGUGUGGUCCUUGUAAGAUUGUAGCACCAUUUUACAUCGAGCUCUCAGAGAAACAUCCUUCUCUUAUGUUCCUUCUUGUAGAUGUUGAUGAACUCAGCGAUUUUAGCUCAUCAUGGGACAUAAAGGCAACACCGACAUUCUUCUUUCUAAAGAAUGGAGAACAAAUAGGGAAGCUUGUUGGAGCAAAUAAGCCAGAGUUACAGAAGAAGAUUACAUCUAUCAUUGAUUCAGUACCUGCAAGUCCACAACAGCUUUGA